CCGGAUAUUCUCGAAUACAAUCACGUGAGCUAUGUGUCAUUACAGAUGACAGAAAGAUAAACUAUACAGAGCUCACUAUGCCGGGAACAAUUUACGGAAAGUCGGACUUCGAGGCGGACAAGGCAGCAGAACAGCUGCGGAAUAGCAUGAAGGGGUUAGGCACUGAUGAAGAAAUAAUAGUUGCAAUUUUAGCUGAUCACAGUAACGAACAAAGACAGGAGAUCGCAACUACCUACAAGCAGGCAUACGGCAAGGAUUUGAUUGACGAUCUCAAAGAUGAACUGGGUGGAGACUUUGAAGAAGUGUGUUUGGCAAUGAUGGCCACGCCUCGAGUCUUUGACGCUAGACAGAUUAACAAGGCCAUAUCGGGAGCUGGAACAGAUGAGAGUACAAUAGUAGAAAUAAUGUGCACGAGAAGCAAUGAGGAGAUUGAAGAAAUAAAACAGGCUUACAAAGAAGAGUUUGAAAACGAACUGGAGGAGGAUCUAGUAGGGGACACGAGUGGGUAUUUCCAGCGCCUCAUGGUGUCACUGUGUGCUGGGGGGCGAGAAACUAGCGAGUGGGCGGAUGAGGAAAAAGCAGCUGAAGAUGCUAAAAAGUUUUACGAGGCCGGAGAAGAACGAUGGGGUACGGACGAGGCCGAAAUGAACGCGGUUCUGUGUUUACGAAGCCGAGUUCAGUUACUGGAGACGAUCAAACUGUUCGAACAGAUGACGGAAAAGACGAUGGAGGAGUCUGUGGAGGACGAAUGUAGCGGUAAUCUAAAGAAAGGAUACCUGGCCAUCCUUCGAUGUGCCAAGAGUAUGCCACAUUAUUUUGCCAGACGAGUGAAGGAGUGUCUCGAAGGCCUGGGAACAGAAGACAAUGACUUGAUUAGAAUAAUUGUUUCACGCAGUGAGAUCGACCUCCAAGACGUGAAAGAGGCGUUCGAGGAGAUGUAUGAGAAGUCUUUACUGGACUCGGUCAGUGACGAGUGUUCCGGGGAUUACAAGCGUAUGCUCUGUAGCAUCAUUAACCCCUACCAGACGCAGUAUUAGUCACCAACACAAACUACACUCUGGACAUUUACUUUUUUCAAUUCUUUCAAAUAUGUUUAUAAAGUGUUUUGCAAUUGCACUACAUGUCUGGCCAUCAAGGUUUCACGGUGCUGAAUAUGUUUAGGUACUCUCUUGUUGGCACACGAAUAACAUAGUCAUGGGUGCGGGAACAGAGAUGGUAUUUCCAUAGUUCAUCAAGAUAAACCAUGAUGAACUAGCAUUUGCUCACCCACAUCCAUCCCUAUAAAUUUCACACCAUUUAGCUUGUUAAUUUUGACCUAUAUACCUGCCCCAAGUUCAGCCAGCAAACGUUCACUAACGUUCGCGAACUAUUUGAUUGGUUCCCGAAGUGGUAAUUCGGUUUAAUACUGUGUAGCGUAAAAAUCAGUCUUGCGAACGUUAGCGACAAUCGGUUGACUGAACUUACGCCUGUUCUGCAGAACUAUCACAACCACCAGCACCACUGGGAUCUAAGGUCUCCACGAGUACCCGUGCAAGGAAGAGCACCGUCAAUCAACUAUAUUUUUACGGCAUUUUGCCUUAUGCUUGCCGCCAGUUACAUUAUCAGGCUAUGAGACAUGGAUGGAAAACAAGUCGAAUGUGUGGAAUGCAAUACAAUGACAUGAUUUGGCAUCCAUGUUCAGGGCUGGAAUUAACAUGCAUAAUGUUAUUUUACUGUAUUCCUUAGUCUCAUUAUCACCUAGUGUAAGUGUCGGGUACUCUGGUCCGGGUCGAAUUUUGGACACGUGGAAGCCCUACAGGGUGCGAAUAAUUUUAACAUGCUCAUAUACCACUAGAGUUUCGAGCAUCAGGGAUCAGUUAUGUGGGUGUUAGUGAACACAUAUAUGUCGACGGAACUUUAAUUUUUUUUUCACAUUAUUGCUUUUACGUUUGGCGUGUAGUGAUUCUUUUAUACAUAUGUAUUUUCCUUUCUUAUUUUGUUUAUUUGUUAUUGUUUUUAAAAUUGGAUUCAAUCAGUUUGGCACUCUAGCUGUGACAGUGGUUCAUUCAUGUACAAUCACCCGGUUUUUAAUAAACGGAUUUAAUGAAACGGAUUUUACAUUUCUAACUUUCUGUAAUAUUUUUAGAGCACUAAAAUGUGUAACUGGCGAUUUUUUUUUACUGUUCCUGCUGUGGGUAUUAAUUUUCACAGUGUGUUACAAAGUAAAGAUCUACACUUCUUUUUCCUA